AUGGGUGGAGAAGCUCACCCCAGAGCUCCUCCCAGCUCUUAUCCGAAGCUGGUCGAGCGCCCGGUGGGCCAGCAUAUCCGGAGUAUCUACCUCGAGAGAUUGCGCCAAUUCACUGACGAGGGUCUUUAUCGCGAAGAUGGGCUUGUCAGCAAGUAUUACGAUGCCAUUGUAUCCGACCAAGACCACGUCAAACUAUCCGUAUACUCCCCACCAGACCUAUCGCGGCCAACCUUCGAAGAAGCGAUAUCACAUGAAUUCAAACCAACUAGAAUCGGCAAUGCUUUUGGUCCAAGUUGGUCCACACACUGGUUCAAAAUCCAUUUGACGGUUCCUCGAGAUUUGCUGGACAAAGAACGCUUGGAAUUUCACUGGGAUGCGGGCAAUGAAGGAUUGAUCUGGACAGAACAUGGGCAUCCGUUACAAGGCUUGACUGGCGAUGGCGAACGUACUGAAUGGAUUAUUCCGGAAACCUUUCGUGAUGGUAAAGAGCAUGUCAUUUACAUCGAGAUGGCAUGCAAUGGCAUGUUUGGAAAUGGAAACGGUAACUCUAUAGCACCUCCAGACAACAACCGUUAUUUCACGCUGUCCAAAGCUCAGAUCGUCGCGGUCAAUUUGGAUGCUCGAGCUUUGUACUAUGAUUUUUGGAUUAUUGGAGAUGCUGCAAGGGAGUUCCCACAAGACUCUUGGGAACAACAUGAGGCGCUCAUGGUUGCAAACUCUAUUAUGGAUACUUUCAUCGCAGGUGGUGGAAGCAAACAGGCAAUCAAGGACGCGCGCAAAGUUGCUCAGCAAUACCUGGGUGAUCGGGUUGAUUCUCACAAAGUAUAUGAUACCGACACAGAGGCUAUCGUUUACGCAAUUGGUCACUGUCACAUUGACACCUGUUGGCUGUGGCCAUUUGCAGAGACGAAGCGCAAGGUCGCCAGAUCUUGGUCGAACCAGUGCGAUUUAAUGGACCGUUAUCCUGAACACCGAUUUACAGUUUCCCAAGCUCAGCAAUACAAGUGGCUGAAAACUUACUAUCCAUCUGUGUUUGACCGUGUGAAGAGCUACGUCAAGAAAGGACGCUUCCAGCCUAUUGGUGGCAGUUGGGUCGAGCACGACACCAAUUUGCCUAGUGGAGAGUCUCUUGUGCGACAAUUCCUGUACGGACAGCGAUUGUUUGAGAGUAACUUUGGUGAACGAUGCCGCACAUUUUGGCUGCCAGAUACCUUUGGAUACUCGUCACAGCUACCGCAGCUUUGUCAGCUCGCUGGUAUGGAACGAUUCUUCACUCAGAAGCUGAGCUGGAAUAACAUCAAUAGCUUCCCUCAUACAACCUUCAACUGGGUUGCUCUUGAUGGCAGUCAGGUUCUGUGUCACAUGACUCCGGCUGAGACGUACACCGCAUCUGCUCAUUUCGGUGACGUCAAGCGCAGUAUCUCCCAACACAAGUCCUUGGAUCAAGACAAGACGUCACUCUUAGUCUUUGGUAAGGGUGAUGGUGGUGGUGGUCCAACUUUUGAGCACUUGGAGAAACUGCGUCGCUGCCGUGGUCUAUCUGACAAGAUCGGAUUGCUCCCUCGUGUCAAGAUGAACACGUCCGUGGACGAAUUUUUUGAUCAGUUGCAAGAAAAGGCAGCCAAGGGUGUAAACUUUACAACUUGGUAUGGUGAACUAUAUUUUGAGCUGCACCGGGGCACCUACACAUCUCAGUCCAACAACAAGCGCAACAACAGAAAAGCCGAGUUCUUGCUUCGCGAGAUUGAAUAUUUUGCGACCUUGGCCACUGUUGGCAAAAUGAAGAGCAGCUACAAAUAUCCCAAGGAAGAUUUGGACAACAUGUGGGAAUCGGUACUGCUCUGUCAGUUCCACGACUGCUUGCCCGGUAGCUCGAUCGGCAUGUGCUACGAAGACACAAAGGAGAUUUACGCUGAAGUUUUCGCUACUGGUCAUAGGCUCAAGAAGGAAGCUCUCGCCGCUCUUGGGUUCAGUGAGCCCAAAUCUAGCGAGAAUGUUCAAUACAUCAAUUCCAUGCCUUGGCAACGAUCUGAGGUUGUGAAACUUCCCGAAAGCAAGGGACCCGGCUACGUUCAAGUCAGCGGUUGUACCGGCGCAAUUGAUGCUUCUUUGCUCAGCAGAACAGCAACACCACGUGCUAACGUCAAAGAGCUACGGCCAGGGGUCUUCCGUCUAACCAAUGAGAAAUUGAAGGUCGACAUUCAAGAUGGUGUGAUCGUCUCGUUAUAUGACGUCGAAGCGGAACGAGAAGUCAUCUCACGCGGAGGUAAAGCCGGACAACUCGUUCUCUUUGAUGAUAAGCCUUUGUACUGGCAGGCUUGGGACGUUGAAGUUUUCCACCUUGACUCGCGCAAGGAGCUUAAGUCCAGCAAGACUUCUAUUGCAGAGAACUCUCCUCACUGUGUAAGCGUAGUGACGGAGACGCAAAUCAGCGAUCACAGCUGGAUCAAGACCACUAUUAGCCUGAAGGCCGCCGUGAACAGUGAGCCUUCAUACGUAGAGUUUGACAGCGAAAUUGAAUGGCGAGAGAACAAGAAGUUCCUCAAGGUUGAGUUCCCGGUCGAUGUUCAUAACACUGAAGCUUCUUAUGAGACUCAGUACGGCAUUGUUCGUCGACCGACGCACUACAAUACAAGCUGGGAUAUGGCUAAGUUUGAAGUAUGCUCUCACAAAUGGGCCGACCUCUCCGAAUACGGCUACGGAGUUUCCAUUCUCAAUGACUGCAAAUACGGCUUUGCCACGGUCGGUAACGUCAUGCGAUUGUCUCUCAUGCGAGCACCCAAGGCACCCGAUGCCCAUGCCGACAUGGGCCGUCACCACAUCCGCUAUGCCAUCCUGCCACACUCAGGACCUCUCGACCACCGCACAAUCCGCGCAGGUUACAACUUCAACCAGCCUCUAACCGCUGUCUCAGCAACCACCAAGAGCGCCAGCACCGGUGCAUUCGACGCAAUCCACAUGACCGGUUCCAAGGCUCUGAUCUUAGACACGGUAAAGCGCGGCGAAGAUGACGAGGAUGUCUCACGCGGUGAACUUGCAAAGAGACCCGGUCAAAGCAUCAUAAUGCGUCUGUACGAGUCUCUAGGUGGAAAAGCGCGUGGAACGAUUCAUACCACCUUGCCGGUCAAGAGAGUGUGGAAGACGAAUGUGUUGGAAGAUGAUGAGGCUGAGUUCCCGAUUCUUCAAAAUCACAAGGAUGCUACGAUCGAGGGACAGAAGAGUGUAGAUAUUGAGUUGAGGCCGUUUGAGGUUGCUACGUUUAGGUUGCAGCUAUAG